AUGCUCAUGGUGCAAGCGGUUGGCGGGCGACAACUUGACCACAUCAAGGAUCUCCUGGGUGACCCAGAGUGUGGCCCCAAGGCUUGGAGGAAGCUUCUCGAUGUGCACUCACCGACACAUGCUACCGGCAUCGUGCUUCUCACACAGCGGCUGCGCGACAUCAAGUUUGUUGAUGGAGAGCCGAUGCAACCGUCAUGGUCUGCCCUAGCAAUCAACCUCAACUCCCAACAACCCCAAUGGAGCGUGGAUUACAUUCGCCCGCGCAUCCUAGAGGAGGACUUGCGGCGGCGGAGUGUGGAGCGCUCGGAGGAGGGGGCUAGCUAUGUAGUUGGAGGUGGAAAGAGUGGUUUCAAGAAGAAGUGGAAGGGUAAGAACAAGGACAACCCUAAGGAGGAUGGCGGCGGGGGUCAAGGGGAGGUGUGCUUCUACUGCAAGAAGCGCGGACAUCGUUGGCGGAAGUGCAACCAACGACCCAAGGAUUGGACCCCGCCUUCAUCGAGCAACCAGCGUGAUGGCACGAGGAGUGGGGGAGUCAUGGGAGCUAGCGGAGAGGAGAAGGAUGAGGAGAAAGGCGGCAAAUCUGAGGAGCGGAAGGCUGGGUUCUUCUUCUUCAUGAACGAAGGCGCAACCGACCUCGCUAUGGCUGCCAAGGCGGCAGCGGCGGCAUCUAUGGAGGAGAGCGUCACCGAGGAGGAGCAGCAAGGUGUGCAAGAAGAGGAGCUGAUUGGAGGAAGCGCGGCAGUGAAGGCAUCGGCUACCUCGGGCCAAGCGGAUUGGGAGACUUGGCAUCGGCGGCUCUCACACGUGGCUGUUUCAACACUGGAGGUGAUACACAAGGAGAAGUUCGUUCUGUUGGUGUAA